AUGAAGGACAAUGCUGGCCUGUUAGGUGCUCUUGAACGUUUACCAGUUAAUGCGGAUGAAGAGUUGGUGAUAGUUGGUGAUGUGAACCUACCUCAUGUUAACUGGGACAAAAGUAUAGUCGAGCGCCCACCAAACUCAUGUGACAGAAGGUUGCUGAUGGAAUCAGAAUUCUUGAAUGUCUUUACCAGGAAAGGUUUGAAGUGGUAUGUCACUGGGUCUUCAACACGCGUCAGGAAGGUUGGUGAUACUACUCAAUGCUCCUUGCUUGAUCAGGUCUUCUGCAAUAAUGAUUGCUUUGUAAACAAUGUUGAUAUCCUUGCUCCUCUGGGUAAAAGCGAUCAUGUAUCACUACUGGUUGAGCUGAAAGUUAAAAACAAUGUCGAGUUCCUUACAUCUAAGAAGAAAAGCUGGUAUAAGGUGGAUCAGGACUUCGUUAACACACAGUCAUCAGACAUCAGCUGGGGGUACUCAAGAGAAGAUCUUCAGGUCGAAGAGAUGUGGGAAGAAUUACACCAAAAACUUAGUGUCAUUUCAGAUCGUGUCCCAACCACCCACCUUAAAACAACUAAAGGUGGGGAGAUCUUACAGAGGUUACCCUGGGAUUGCUCUAGUCUGGUUAGGAAAAGAAAGUGCAAGGACCUGGCAUGGAAGGAUUUUGACGAGAAUCCUACGAUGGUGAUGUUUAACACAGCCGAGUACGAGCAGCGGAUGUACCAGAACGCUGAGAUUAAGGCAAAGAUUAAAUAUGAGAAUAAAGUGACUAAAUUGUUUAAGUUAAAUUGUAAACCUCUUUUUAAUUACCUUAAAUCUAAAAGUGUUUUAAGAAAAUCUGUAGAAAGACUCAAAACAGAUGAUGGUUCUGAGACCAAGUCUCCCUCUGAGACUGCAGAAGUGUUAGCUGAUUUUUUCCAGUCAGUUUUCAAACCUGAACCUUCUGGCCCUCUGCCUCAAGAUUGUUACACAGAAUGUAAUAAUGAUUACUUCUGGAGUAAAUUUAUGGUGCACCCUGAAAGUGUUGCCAAGAUUUUGGGAUCACUAGAUAUUAGUAAAGCUAUGGGUCCUGAUGGUGUUCAUCCUAGACUCCUGAGGUAUUUAAGUGAGAACAGUUCCUUUGUGGAUGCGGUUGUGUUGCUGUUUAGUGCCUGUGCUUCUGAGCAGUAUAUUCCUGAGGUAUGGAAAACUGCCACUGUUGUGGCCUUGCACAAGAAGGGGUCAGUACAUAGUCCUAAUAAUUACAGGCCUGUGUCACUGACUUGUAUACUAUGCAAAGCCUAUGAGAAGCUUCUUAGGGAGUAUAUUCUCGACGGUGUUGAACAGGUGCUUAGUAGCACACAGCACGGCUUCAUGAAGGGUCGGUCAUGCUUAUCUAACCUAUUGGAGUCUAUUGACGCUGUCAAUGACUUGCUGGCUGAAGCUGAUUUGAAGUUGCUAGAACUUUGGGAGUCUCGUUGGUGUUUAAAUUUUAAUGUAGAUAAGUGUAUGGUCAUGCAAAUUGGUUCUUGUAAUCCUAAGAAUCAGUACUUGUUUGGUGGUUUGCCUUUGAGAUGUGUUGAAAGCGAGAAGGACCUUGGAGUGGUCUUUAACACCAGUUUCAACUUUGAGGAUCAUGCAUGGGCUCCGAUGGCUAGGCAUGGAAACUGGUCACUGAUUCUUGAAUUGGAAGGUGUCCAGAGAUCGUUCACCCGUAUGAUUGAUGGAUUGGGACUCAUGACUUACAGAGAGAGACUGGAUAAGCUGAACCUCACCACCCUGCUUGAACGCAGGGUUCGUGGAGAUCUCAUUGAGAUGUUCAAGAUCCAGGAAGGCUUUGUGGGUUAUGGUUCCGAUUUAUUUGGUCGUUCUGGGAAAGAAAGUGUGGUAUCGGAGCCUCUCCCCAGUCUUGAAGAGGAUUCGAGGUAA